GAAGAAUUCCCAUCAUUUUCCUUAAUAACAAACAUGACAUCAAUAUUUCUCUUUCAACUACCUCUGUCGGCGGGAUCUCCAUAUGGAGGUCAUCCGCAAAAGCUCUUUUCGAUGAAGACACCUUGCAGAAUAGCAGGAUGUAUCAACUACUGUCUACUAGUGUACUGUGACGGACAAAUGCGGCAUUUACUACCCCUCCUCCCACUUUCAGCUGCAUGAUAAUUGGUCUACACACCUUACAAUGCAUACAUUUCGCACGAUCGCUCCACCCAUGCCCUGACAAUCUUCCUUGCUAAGAUGGCACAUGCUGGUACGACAUGUCUACUGUGCGACCCCACCAUCCACGCAUGUGAAUAGCAUCCUCCAUAUCUACUUCCGUAUCUGCCACCUUUGUUUGCUCUCAAAACACAAGUUCAUCUCAUCAACUCUACUCCUCCUCAGUACACAUCAUUUCCUCUCACAUUUCAAACAUAUCAAAUCGCAAUAAUGGCCGGCGAAGCAAUGAAUGACGGAAAGUUCAAGCACAACCUCACUGAGGCUCCCACCUAUACAUCCAAGGUACUGCCCAUGUUUUCGCUGAAAGGACGAACUGCCAUCGUAUCUGGUGCAGGAGCGGGUAUCGGACUCGCUGUCGCGCAUGCGCUCGCCGAAGCUGGAGCUAAUGUCGCUAUCUGGUACAAUAGCAACAAGAAGGCUAUCCAAGAGGCGGAGAAAAUUGAAAAGGAAUAUGGUGUCACUUGUAAAGCAUACCAAGUCAAUGUUACCUCGUACGAAGCCGUGGAGCAGGCUGUCAACACCGCCGUAACUGAUCUCAAUGGGCGUCUCGACAUCUUCAUCGCAAACUCUGGAAUUCCAUGGAUCCAAGGUCCUGCCCUUGACGGAGAACUCGAUCAUUACAAGAAGGUUGUAACAACAGAUUUGGAUGGAACAUUUUAUUGUGCCCGUGCUGCAGGUCAACAUUGGCGCAGACAGAAGAAGGAGGGCACCACUCUUGACGGAAAGAAGUUGGAAGGAUUUAAGUAUGGAAGCUUUGUAGCAACCGCAAGUAUGAGUGGGCACAUUGUCAAUAUUCCACAGUUGCAAGCUGCAUACAAUGCUGCAAAGGCCGGUGUCAUCCAUUUAUGUAAAUCUCUCGCAGUAGAAUGGGUGGGAUUUGCGCGCUCCAACACCGUCUCCCCUGGUUAUAUUGCGACGGAGAUCUCUGAAUUUUGUCCGCCUGAGACCAAGGCUACUUGGAAAGAUAAGAUUCCUAUGGGCAGAGAAGGAGAGUCGCAUGAGUUGAAGGGCGCAUUUCUUUUCCUUGCCAGUGAUGCCUCAAGCUACUGCACUGGAACUGAUAUCAUUUGUGAUGGUGGUUACUGUUUACCAUAAGGAAAUAAAGACGAUGGAUGAUUGAUGAGGUGUUCAGGGUUUGGAAAUAUUGGGAUAGAUUAGACACCGUUGCUACGGUAUGAAAUGGAACUUUGAGAAUACAAUGAUAGCCUCCUUACUAUGAUUGGCAAUUAGAACUCUCCUUGCUUGGGUGCGAAAUUUAAAUAAUUUUUGCGGAAAUACCAAAUUUUUGGAUAGCUUCAAUCACCACCUACAGAACCCCACUCUACAUUUUGACACGUCUGACAGCUGUCAUAGAUGUGCAACAAACAACAACCCCGCCCACUAAAAUCCACUUUUAGGUAUUUGACAGCUGUCGCAGACGUGCAACAAAAUGUUUCUUUUGUAUUUGUUGUGUUCUAAUGGAUUUUGACACGUUUUGAAACAUAUGCUGUGGUUUUCUGGAGAAUUCUCAGAUCGAUCGAAAUGAAGGGGCGUUACCGAGGUAUGGGAAAGAGUUGGAGGAGAGAGUUGGAGGAGCGAGCGCAACUUUGUAAUAUAUGUUGGGGUCGCUUUGACA